UCAAUUUUAGUGAGGUACAAACGCAAAAACAAGGUGAAAUUAGUAGGAAGUAUAUGGAUAUCAAACUAGAAGAUGAUGAGAGGAACAAGUUAUCUGCUACAUUCUGGGGCGAAUUUGUUGAUCAAGUUAUACCUCACCUUUUAAGUUCUAACAACCAGCGUAUUAUUGUUAUUAUGCAGCUCAUAAAAGCCCAUAAAUUUCAAGAUUCAUAUUCUGUGCGCAACACUUGGAAUACAUCAAAGUUGUGGAUUAAUCCUACAUUUCCUCAAUCGGAAGAGUUUAAAUCACGGUUACAUAUAUUUAAUCAUGUAUCUACCCUCAUAUCUAUCUUUUCACGUAUAGUUCUAACUGUAAUCCUUAUUUAUAAAUAUAGAUUAAAUGCUGUUUGGGAUACUUGCUCUGAAAGGCUGACUCCAACCAUCUCUCAACAAAGUUACUCCGUUUCGGAUGAGUUAGACAAGGGCAUUGCUGAAGUUAAAACAAUUGCCCAAUUAGUGGAGUCCAUGCAAGAAGGUCCCUGUUGGAUUGUUGCAAGUAUAGAAAAUUUAGAACUUGAAAAAGGAUGGUCGUAUGUCAGCUGCAAGAAGUGUCAAAAGAAGGUGGAUAAAGUAGGAAACAUUUUUCAAUGCCCAAACCCCAAAUGUAAAAAUGAAGAUUACUCAACACUUAUUAGGUACAAGCUUCAGGUUAGGGUAAUGGAUAGUACAGGAUCUAUUUCCCUAUUGCUUUGGGACCGCGAAGCCAUGUUUCUCAUAGGCAAAUCGGCAAAAGAAUUGAAGGAAGGAUUUCUUGAGAAUACUGGAGGUGUUGAUACGUUUCCGUAUCCAGUAGAGCUUAACAAUGUUCUCUAA